AUGAAGGUCCUCUUUCUUGUUGCUGUUCUCUUCUGUUUAGUCCAAACUAACUCAGGGGAUAUUCCACCUGGAAUUAGAAAUACUAUCUGCCUUUUGCAACAUGGGACCUGCAGACUUUUUUUCUGUCAUUAUGGUGAAAAAAAGGGUGACAUCUGCUCUGAACCCUGGAAUAGGUGCUGCACAACAGAGGAUGACAAGAAAAGAGAAAGCAGAGAUGAAUGACCAGUGUGUUGGGAUAUAAAAUGUGAGCUUCUGGAAGGCUGGGAUCUUGAAGUACCCCCAAAGGCUCAGAAGACUGUGUGGUAUAUAGUCAUUGCUCAACAAAUAUUUGUCAAAUGAAUCCAGGACCAAAGGUGAAAGUCUUAUUAAAAAAAAACAACUAAAAACUUGUCUAUUUGCUUUUCUCUGUUUUUCUUUCUUUUUUUUUUUUUAAGAGUCUCAGAAUUUUGUAAUAUUUCACCUCCUUGUUCUGGAACUCUGAUCAUGCUCAAUUUUUGCUUUUGACUGUAUCUCACAUCCUUCUCAGUGUUUCAUCUUUUUUUUUUCAU